UCUGACUCUUGACACCUUCGUUUGAUUCUAACUCUCUUCUUUUGUAACUUUUACCUCAUGUGUGCUUUUUAAAACUUGUUGCCGACACAAUGAACCUUCAUUCGUUCCUCCUAGGCGGCGCCGUCGCCCUGGGCGCCAAUGCAUUUCUAGUCGUCCCCAAGAUAGAUGGUGAUAUUAUCGCGCCACAGGGUGAUUUCACUGGCCUCCAUCCCUUGGAAUCCUUUACUGCUCAGCAACAGCAGGUCGAACUUAUUUGCAAGGAGUGCCCGUUCCGCGAAGUUAAUGAAAAUGGAGAUGUCAGCUGGACUGAUGGCUUCCUCACUUCUCUGGCACUGAACUUCUCUAUCGAAGAUGGCGCUUUGCUGGUCAAUGGUCAUCAGAUUUUCCCGCCCCCUCCCCCUUCAGUUAUCACUGCCGUUCAGCGCCGGGAAUCUGACGGAGCAGAGUCCGACCCUAUCUCAUUGGGAUAUGCGGUCGAGUUCAUGCCUCUUGGUGUGCCAAAAGACGCUCCUAUGGAGCUGUCAGCUGUUCGAUUCACUGUCCUCGAUUUGGACGGCCAUCCCGUUCCGCUCGAUACCGUUGCCAUCACCAUCAUCAAUGAUUUCAAGGGUAACGUCUACAUAGCGAAGACCGACUUCGAAGAUACAGCUCCAAACCGCCUCUCGUGGAAACAGUGCCGUGGAAAGCCCAAGUGUCUGCGCAAGCUCCUGGUUGAACGCAUCCGGGGAUUGUUUUCCGCCGCAAAGGCGCGUGUUCUGGGAAUGAGGCCCAGACCUUUUGGUUGCGGUCGUACUCGUCCUAUGCUACACCCCUACCGCCCAGAGGGCGAUUUUGAUCACGAUACCGUACCUGGACGCCGUCCUCACCCGGGAGAUGAGAGCCCCUUCGGAUUUGACGGUCGCCCUCAUCACCGCCAUCACAUGCACCAUAUGCAUCAUGGUGGUUGGGAACGUACCGUUUCCCGCAUCGUUCGUUUUAUUGUUGUUCCCGCAGUUCUCGGCGUUCUCGCCGGGUUGGCUGCCAGCGCUCUCGGUAUGUUAGCCGGCCAGAUUGUGGUCUUCCUGUGGCAACGGCGCCGUCGCUCCGCUCCCUCAGAGAAUGUGGAGCAAGGAACUGUGUCGGAGAAGGAGGGUCUGAUGACUGAGGCGUCCGACGAGCUUCCUCCUGCUUACAGUGAUGAUGAGGCUGUCCAGGUGUCCGACACCAAGCAGUAAACGGUCGCCCGCAACGAUUUGGAUUGGUUGACAGGACACGUGAGACAGCAGUUCUGUGCCGAUUGGAGAGGAUGGCUUGGAGGAGCUUAUGCCCGUGAGUUAUCGGUGGACGACUCAUUUAUCAUGUUCAAUUGCCUACUCCGCGAUCCAGAUUACAUCUUUUCCCACAUUCCCUCGGUAUUUUCUGUUUGUCUCGCACUCGUCGCCUUUCGUUUCCUUACCAUUUCGUUGCGUGGAGUCUUCUAUAAUCUCGUGGACUAGCAGUUUGUUACCACAGUCAGUAGUUAGCAGCAGCAUCGCAAUGGUCCUUUUAUGUCGG